GGACUCAAACAGCCAGGAUAAAUCCAGGCACAUGGACACACACUGGAGGACUGUCCCACAGUUCUGUCCUUGUCUGUGGAGGCUUAGUCAUCCCCUCGUGUUUCUGUUUCUUUGUCAAUGUAAUUACGCCUGCAGCUGCAGACGACAUGAUAAGGUGUGAAUUUUAAGUGCUGCAGGUCGUGCUCUGUGGCUCUUUGGAGAGAAACACAUCGAUUUAUCCCAGAAGGAACAGGUUCUUAAAAGGACUCUCACUGAGCGAUGACAAACAGCGAUAGUGGAAGUCGAAGCUAAAAUAGUAAUUUCAAUAGCUCAGAGCUAUCGAAGGCUCCGCAUGCCAGAGAACGUAUACCUUUUUGUGAAACACCGCCCGCCGUAACAUAGACCCGACCCUACCAUCACUCAACUUCAGAGAUGAUGAACGAAAGAGUCACCUACGCAGAGCUGAAUGUGGCAACGAGCUCAAGGAACCAGCAAAGAAAAGCAAGGGGUCCGCGCAGUUCCAUUUCAGUGAUCGAGCAGGAAAUCACCUAUGCGGAAUUCAGCUUUCACGAUGCUUCUCCAGAGCAGCGCCCAGUCUGCAGGGACCGCCACUGCAAAGGUUUUCCAUCUCCUUUAGAAAAACUCAUUGCUGGGACCCUGGGCAUCAUCAGCUUUGCCUUACUAGCUGCUGUGAUUGUAAUUACUACAGUCACCACACCAUAUACUGAAGCAAAGGCACAGAGCAACUCAUCUUUGCCUACAACCAACAAAGCACACCCUUGUGGUUGCUGUCCGGAGGACGGGAUAUCUUAUUCCCACAAUUGUUAUUACAUUGGUGUGGAGAAAAAAUCUUGGAAUGACAGCUUGGAGUCCUGCAUUUAUAAAACCUGUGAUCUGCUUUAUAUAAAUAGUGAGGAGGAGAUGGACUUUCUGAAAUCCCUCUCAGUGGUCUCAUGGGUUGGAGUCUUUCGAAAGAGCAGGAGUCAACCCUGGGUUUCGAAAAAUGACUCAACUUUCAAACCAAAGCUAGCAGACUUCUCCCAUGAUGAACAUAACUGUGCCAUGCUGUCAACUUCUGGUCUCACAGCAGAGAACUGCGCAGCUUUACACUCAUAUCUUUGUAAGUGUAAGCCCACCAGCUGAGACACCUGCACGGGGAGUCUGCCAGUCUCCAAUCGUUGCUGUCCCUGGGACCCCAAGCAGAGCUGGCUGCCCAGGAGUUGGUGUGUGGAGUUCACAGAAUAGACCACACCUCCGCUGUCCAUCUCCAAUCGCUGCUGUCCCUGAGACCACAGGCUAAGCUGGCAUUUUGGUUUUGCCAUACGGAGGUCACAGAACAGACCUCACCUCAGCUGUUGGUGUUCAAUGGCUACAGUCCCUGAGACUAGAGGCUGAGCUGGUGCCCAGAAACACUCCUUCACUUUUUUUGUUUUAGGGACAGACCUUACAUAGUUUCAUUCCUGGAACCAGCAUGAAUCUCUAUAGACCAGGCCAUCACUGAGUUUGAGGCACUCCUCAGAAUGCUCAGAGACUGUAUUUAUUACCUCAGUUUCCCAAGUAACUUGGAUUAUAAAUCUAAACCACUAGGCCAGACGUCCUGGUUACUUUUUCAUUGUAAACCUGACACAACCCGGGAAGAAGUAUCAACUGAGGAAUUGCCUCUAUCAGAUUGACUCUCUAGUCACUAUUGUGAGAGGCUAUCCUGAGUGAUGACUGAUGUGGGAUGGCCCAUCCCUUUGUCUAUGGCAUCAUUUCUAGCCACAUUGUCAUGGGCCGUAUAAGAAAGCUUGAAAUGGAAGCGGUGUUCAUUCUGGCUUUCUGUUUCAGUUCCUGCCCUAGCUUCCCUCAGUCAUGGAUAUGACCUGAAAGUAUGUCUUGAAAUAAAUCCUUUCCCUCCUGA